AUUGCUUUGGAAGCUUAGGGUUGUUCUACUUUUCAUCUCUCCAUUUCGUCGUUGCUGUUCGACUCCUUGCUUCGCGUGAGGUGGAGUUUUGCUUGAGUCGCUUCUUCGGCUCCUUCUUCGCUACUGUUCGACUUCGCUGCAACGUUUUGCUUAUUUGGCCCCUUUGACGACGUUCCCUUCCCAUCGGAUCGAAAGUCACGACAUUUCGACAACGUUCUUCCUGUUGGAUCUGAAGUAACGACGGGAGCUCGCUCGCUGUGAAGGAAACAAAUCCCAGCCAGCCCUAAGAUCUUUUGCAAUACUUGUGCGUGAGAAGGAUUGGCGAAGGCUAGGGUGGCGAGAGCCUCUUCUUCAUGUGUUUGGACUAGGACUGCGAGGGUCUUGCUAGAUUUCACAUUUUGACAGAAGUUUUUCUCUGGGAGCGGUGGUUGUUGAAUUAUGGAUGGAGGGCUACCCAACUUUAAAAGAUGGAACAUAAUCUAUCCUAUCUACAUCAAUUCGAAGAAGACUAUAGCUGAAGGACGGAGGAUCAAUGCUUCCAAGGCAUGUGAAAAUCCCACAUGUAUUGAGAUCGGUGACUGUUGCAAACACCUCAAAAUUCCCUGUGCUAUUGAGCUUGAUAAAGCAUACCCUCGAGAUUUCAUGCAGAUAGGUCGAGUAAGGGUUUUACUGAAGAGGGAAGAUGGGUCUCUCUACAACCCUGCAAUUAGUUCAAAGAAGCAACUGAUGCUUCAGGUGGCUGAGUUCGUGCCUCGACAUCCUGGGAGAGUGAAGAAGCAGGAGCCUGCAAGUACAGCUUCUGCGUCUGGAACUUCAAAAUCAGGAAAGGGUGGAAGAAAGAAGAAAUGAACAUUGAAUGUUUGAAAUCUAACAUUGUCUUGGUGAAUGCUAAAUCAUGUUUUUAUGGGGCAUCAAACCCUAAAUUUUCUCAUAUUCCUUGCUUGCAUGUUUCUCCCCCUUUGGGACUUCAUAAUCAUAGCAAAUAGAUUACUUCUUUUAGAAAUUGACCUAAA